UCUGCGCACAUCAAACGGAAAAGCCUCGCAGAGCCGCAAAAUCUGAAGUUCCACAUAAGCAAGCAGAGGAUCCCUAGUGUUUACCUUCAGCUGUGAGAUGGAGCUCUUUUGCCAUGGUCCCUCACUAAAUGUCUCCAUACCAAUCCACAACACCAGCAUGUCACCCAACUCCACUGUGGCUAACACCACCACCGUCACUACCAGCCUUUACACCGAAGCUAGCCUCCUAGACAUCCUUGGUCCCAAACGGUCUCCCUUCUUCCUCCCGGUUGCUGGCAGUUAUCUGCUUAUUUUUCUGGUGGGCUUGAGUGGAAACCUUCUCACCUGUGCGGUGGUGGUCAAGCACAAGAAAAUGCGCAACCCCACCAACCUAUAUCUGGUCAGCUUGGCCAUGUCCGACCUUCUUAUGCUGGUUUUCGGGAUGCCUAUGGAGAUCUACGACUUGUGGCAGAACUACCCGUUCCCGUUUGGUGCCGGCGGUUGCUACUUCAAGACAUUUAUCUUCGAGACCGUCUGUUUCGCGUCUAUCCUCAACGUCACAGCUUUGAGCGUGGAGCGCUACAUCGCUGUGGUGCACCCUCUCAAGACCCGCUACUUAACCACUAAGAGGCACGCCAAGCAGGUUAUCGGGGCUGUGUGGGCAGUGUCUAUGUUGUGCGCCGUACCCAACACUUCCCUGCACGGUAUCUUCUACCUUCCGGGCCUCAUGAAGGAGUCGGCAAUUUGCGCCGUGCUCAAGCCAUUGUGGAUGUACCACACGCUCAUGCAGAUCACCACUGUCUGCUUCUUCUUCAUCCCCAUGUUGGUGAUCAGCGUACUAUACCUGGUGAUGGGCCUGCAUCUGGGCAGGGAAACAAAGCUGAAGCGGCGCAACUUCAGGAACAACUGGGGCAGCGACACUCGUGUGAGUGUGAACGACGAGGCCGGUCGGCGGACACAAGUCGUCAAGAUGCUUUCAAUCGUGGUGGCGGUGUUCGGUGUUUGCUGGGCACCAUUCCACAUGGAGCGUCUGCUGUGGAGCUCCGUGCACCAGUGGACUGACCUUAUGCACAACAUCUACCAGUACGUCCAUAUCCUGUCCGGGGUCCUCUUUUACCUCAGUUCUGCUGUCAACCCAGUCAUCUACAGCCUGAUCUCCACGCGCUUCCGCGAAUGUUUUCGCGACCUGGUGUGCUCACGGGCCAAUAAACCGAAAUCCGUACCGCCCCCGAAGAUCUCGCUGGUCCUAACCACCUCCAGGGUCCAGAAUGGGGGUCAGGACUCGUUGAUCCGGUUGCUGUCCCCACCAAUAACGAAGGGAUUGGAUGCUACGUUGCUUUCGAGUGCUUGUGAAGAGAUGGUUUACAAAACUUCGGUGUUCUGAAUGGAUGUUAAGUUGUCUUACUGUGGGACUGAAAGAAAUCCUUACACCCAUUUUAUGUCAUGGUACCUGGACUGCUUGCCUGUCAGUCAUAUUUUUGGUACAAGGCACAACAAUGAAGAUAAUUUAGGAUGUGCCCACCACUGGUUCAUUUAGACUGUGGUCUGUUAUUUCUAAUUUGCAAGGUUGUGUUAAUUAUAAAAAAAAAAUGGUGAGAGAAGUGACUGCAUCAAUUACAGCAUAUGACAUUGCUGUGGUAUUGAAAAAUUGCUCUUAUGAUUUCUAUUGUUCAAGAUUGAGCUUAUCACCAAUAACCGAGCUACUGCAUUAUUAUUCUUUUUUUUUUUUUUUUUUUUACAUAAACAGUAUGCAAUUUUUAUGUGACUAUGAAUAGCUAGUUGCCGUUUAUGUUUCUAGUUUUGGUUCUGUUGAUUUCCACUCCACAUUUUUGCAUUUAUUUCAGUAACUGGUGAGCGGAGCCAUCGCAAUAA